AACAGAUUUAGUCACCUUUAGCUGUCAGGCUCCAUUAUCUGUUUCUGUGCAUCAGUGUUAUUUCUACAUAGUAGGAAAUGACACAAGACUAUUGUCUUGUAUGAAGACAUUUACAGGAACUGAGUUGCUGUGGACGUCUGACCAAAGUCAACCUGCUGUGGUUGAAGUGAAAUGUUUUUACACUGUAAAAUAUGGAGAUGUGAAUUCUCAGUCUCCACACAGUGACAUAUCCUACAUCUCCGUAGGUCCAAAACCACAGAUGAAUGUUCGUCAAUUUGAGGAGCACUAUGUCUUCAUCUGUUCUCUGCCUGGAUCUGUGAAAUAUGAUACAGCAUGUAGUCUGUAUUUUGGAGAAUCAAGUGUUUCAACUAUAACAACACCCACCUGGAAGAACAAAAAUGAAAACAACGAGUUGUUCUGUCAGUUUUCUGCCUCAGAAGAUAAUUUGUUGAGAUGGCUACAUUUAGUUCAACUAAAAGUUGCCAGCUGUGACUACAAGUUGAAAGGUGACAGGACAAUUUCCUCUCCUCAAAGUGACCCGUAUAACUUAACUGAUGUUGUGGUUGCAGAUGAAAAUGAAUCAACUAAGAUCAACAUAAUACAGCCAUCUACAAUGAAUACAGAUAUCAUUUCUAUUGAUGAAAAAGUAUCAAAUAAGAUCAACGUAAUGCCCACAACAUCUAUGAGGACCACAGGUGAUUUUCCAUCUACCCCUCACCUCUGA